ACCAUACUUUAGAGAUCGUACAGCACACGGGUGUAUACAACCAUACCGUUCGUCGAGGGAACACCGCCGAUAAUGUCGACGCCCCGCACCAAGACCAUCCUGAUAGCCGUGGGCGGACCGACGUGCUCGGGCAAGACCUCGCUCGUCAAACAGCUCUGUCAGAUCUUGCCCGAGGGCGACUCGUUCAUCGUCCAUCAAGACGACUUCGCUCCGCCUGAAGCUCAGCUCCCUUACCACCCCGACCACCCCGAAUGGCAAGACUGGGACCACCCCCCUACAGCCAUCCUUUGGCCCGAAUUCCAACGAGCUCUCCUCCACUCCAAGGCCCACGGAGAACCUUCCCCUGAAGUCCAAUCGCACGAUCACCUGAACGUGCAGAGCGAGGAGGAGAAGAAAAAGGUCACCGUCAGGGACGAGGCCGCGGGUGUCUGGAGGGAGAGGUUUGCCGGGUUGAAAAAGGAGCUGGAAGCCGAGGCUGAAGGUGGAGAGAGGGUGGUAUUUGGGUUCGUGGAUGGAUUCUUGCUCUACUGGGACGAGCGCUGUAACCCGCUGUACGACGUCUCUUUCUUCAUCCGUGUCCCUCGCGAAUCGUUGAGGGAGAGACGAGAGACGAGGGCGCAAUACGUCACGCAGACCGGCGACGUAUGGACAGACCCACCCAACUACCACCCCCUGAUAGUCUGGCCAGCCUACGUAUUCGGACACCGACACAUGUUCCAGAACCCCGAUGGGGACGUGGAGCAGGGAGAACUCGUCCGCGAUAUGGGGGCUUGGAAGAAGGACGCAGAACAGAGGAGAGGAGGUUGGGCCGAGGGCAAGAUCAAGGAGUUGGAGUUACAGUCUGGGGCUGGUAACGCCGGGAAGGUAGAUAAAGGUAAAGGCAAGGCGGUCGACAACGAAGACCAAGAGGAGAUUGAAAAAGCGACAGCGAGCGGGAUUCUGUACGAGUUCCGUCCGAAAGAAGGACCCGAGGGGAUGGAGGAGAUGGUCGAUCGGGCGCUGGGGAUCAUCUUUGAUGCCGUCAAGAUGAUGGCCUAGAGUCGCUUCGACUCGGUGAGAUUGAGCUUGAGAACGAAAGUGAAGGCGGGUGGUUGUAUAACGUCGUUCGCGAUAUAGAGAUAUGAAUUGUCAAGUGAGAGUCAAGAUAUCAUCGACUAGCCGAAACUAGCUAUAGCAGGCUGGAGAUGAGGCGCAGUAUCACGCAUCAGGAAGAGAUUUCCAUCAUCUGGGUUAUCAUGGGCGCCCCUCUUAGAACUUCUUCGAAUAGGC